CCAGUUCUGUAUUUUAUAUAUAAAGCAACCAAAAGCCUAAAGAGAAAGAAUCUUAAAAAUUUUUAACUAAACCCAAAAAAAAAAAAAAAGUUUUUAUUCAUUUCUUCUUCUGUUUCUUGAAAUGGCGACGAGCAAGUGCUACUAUCAACGGCCAAGCCACCGUUUCUUCACCACCGACCAACACGUCACCGGAGCUUCCGACUUCGAGCUAGACGAAUGGGAUCUUUACAACACCGGUUCUGAUUCAGCUCCCAGCUUCAGCUUCAGUGAUCUUACAAUCACCUCCGGUCGAAACAGAACUAACCGGAAAGAUUCGGUUUCUGGUACAGCUGCGUCUUCGUUACCGGUCAACGUACCGGACUGGUCUAAGAUUCUUGGGGAAGAGAGUCAAAGACAGAGUCACGUUACGAAUGAGGAAGAAGAAGAAGAAGAAGUGGACGGAGGUGCACGGCGUGUUCCGCCGCAUGAAUUGCUAGCGAACCGGAGGAUGGCUUCAUUCUCGGUUCAUGAAGGUGCUGGGAGGACUUUGAAAGGAAGAGAUCUGAGUAGGGUGCGAAAUACUAUUUUCAAAAUUAGAGGGAUCGAAGAUUAAAUUUUAUCUUUUUAAAAAUUGAGGGGUUGGGUUACAUAUAGAAAACAUGAGGGACUAAAUUCGCAAAAUUUGUAAGAGAUGUUUGGAUUUAUUUUUCGUUUUUUUUUUAAAUUUAUUUACUUAAGAUUGUAAUUGAAAUUUUGAGACAACAAAUAUGAAAUUUGACUUGGUAUUUCUUAUAUAACUUUUUUACUUCUUCGUCAACUUAUU